UUGGCGUGACGAAAAUAAACAUAUUUGUUUUUGGAUCGUGUCAAUUGAGGAAUUCAGUAGAAUUUAAAUAUUUAAUCCAAUUUGGUGAUCUGAAACUGUGUUUCGAAGAUGAGAAGAAAUCAGUUAUUGAAAUGUGAUACAUUAAUUUAAAUUUAGCUCAGUUUGUAAAGUUGUUCUCAGGCUCGAAUCCCAAGCAAGGUCUAACAUGGAACACACAUGAUGCUCAACUGAACUACAGUGGGGGCAGGUUGUCAACACCGGCUGCUAUUAAGGUGCAGCAUUGUGAAUGCCCUAUCGACCAUUCUGACUUCACUCACCGAACUUCAUUGUCAGAGUUUGUUGUUGCUGAGAAAAAUGCAUGGUAAGGACAUUUCUUUGAGCAAAGCAUUGUCAUGGAUUUUGCGCCAUGGUGCAGUUAAAGAAGGGCUAGCCAUUACUGAAGAUGGUUUUGUGGCAGUGGAGGAGAUUCUGAGCCAUAAAUCAUUUAGAAACUAUCAGUUAUCAGAUAUACAACGUGUCGUGGCAGAAAAUGAAAAGCAGAGAUUUGCAUUACGAACAGAUACUGAGACAGGGACACUUUACAUUAGAGCUAAUCAAGGUCAUUCAAUACAGGCCAUACAGAAACUGGAUCUUGAUCCAAUACUAGAAUCUUCAAACACUCCUGUGGUUAUACAUGGAACAUACAAGAAGCACUGGGAAAAGAUUAAGCAUGAAGGUCUGAGUCGCAUGUCAAGAAUGCACAUUCAUUUUGCUCCUGGUGAGCCUGGCAAGGAAGGAGUUAUAAGCGGCAUGCGUAAAUCAGCUGAUUUGUAUAUCUACAUUGAUAUGCCAAAAGCUCUUGCAGAUGGUUUGAAAUUCUACAGAUCCUCAAAUAAUGUUAUACUGAGCCCAGGAAAUGACAGUGGGUUGAUACUGCCAAAAUACUUCAGAAAGGUUACUGAUAAACACGGAAGAGAAUUAGAAAAAUGACAAUUUCAUUUUGAGUGUGACUCAAUGAAUACAGUAAACAUGUAAAUAUUUCUCAGAUCUGUACAGACAGAGGAGAAAGGAGGGCAACUAAUUUCUGUAAAUAAAAAUGCACAUUAAUUGUUUCUAAAAAAUAAUUAUAUAUAUUUCUGUACAAAAUAUACAAUGC